CAAUUUGUAUACAACUCAGUAGAGGAAGCUAUCAAAAUGGUGGACAAAGCAUAUAAAAGGACCAGAGAUGGCCAUAAACUGAAGAUUGCUGAAAGGACUUUCACCUCAUCUGACCUCCUUGCCUACUUCAAGCAGCCAAUGGCAGAAACGAGAAUGACAGUGAGGUCUGCAGAGUACCUCGAAAAUGCACUGAUUCUCAUCCAGAAUAACGUCAAGAAAGUCUACAAACGUUCACUGAAUGCAACAGAUCUAUUAACACAGGCUGACCUGGACACCAUCUUGCGGAUCACAGGCUGCUCAGCUAGCUUCCUGCCCAUAGAAUGUGAGGACAAUUGUUGGUCAAACCGGUACAGGACUGUCACCUCCAACUGCAACAACAGGAAGAUUCCUUAUCUGGGAGCAGCUAAUAAUGCCCUAGCCCGCUGGCUCCCAGCUGAGUAUGAGGAUGGUUUCUCAUUUCCAAAGGGUUGGACUGGGAAGAAAUUAUAUUCGCGAUUUCGUUUGCCACUAGUACGAACCGUAUCAAACCACAUUCUACAAGUGGCCAAUCAGAUUGUCCCGUUGGAUGAGGAUCAUACUCACUUCUUUGUACAGUGGGGCCAGUGGCUUGACCAUGAUCUAGAUCUGGUUCCUCAAUCUGGCAGCAUCGAAACAUUUAAUAAUGGUAUUUGCUGUGAUAAAACAUGCACAAAAAGAAGUCCAUGUUUUCCCAUCAAGAUACCUCUAGAUGACUCCAGGUUCAAUAAGAGCACAAGCUGCAUGCCUUUUUUUCGAUCUGCUCCUACGUGCAACACUGGUAACCUGGGCUCACUGUCUGGACAUGUUAAUGUUCGGGAACAGCUAAGUGCAGUGACAUCCUUCAUUGAUGCCAGCAUGGUGUAUGGUAGUGGUAAAUCCAUUGCAAAUCAACUCCAAAACUAUACAAAUGAUUUAGGAUUGCUGGCAAUUAACCAGAACCACUCUGACAAUGGGCUGGAAUACUUACCAUUUAGCAGCAAACAUUCAGAGAGGCCUUGUGCUAAGAACCCCAAUGGUAGUGGAGUUCCAUGUUUCUUAGCAGGAGAUGGACGAGUAAAUGAGCAUCUGGGGAUAUUAUCCUUUCAUGUCUUGUUUCUGCGGGAACACAAUCGCUUGGCGAGAGAGCUGAAGGGGCUGAAUCCGCACUGGAGCGGUGAAACAAUCUACCAGGAAGCAAGGAAAAUCAUGGGUGCAUUUCAGCAGAUAAUAACCUACAGAGACUAUGUUCCUCGACUGAUUGGUUCAGAUGCAAUGCAGAAAUAUCUUCCUCCAUACAAGGGUUACAAUGAAUCUAUUGAUCCUAGAAUUGCCAAUGUUUUUGCUACGGCCUGUUUCCGAUAUGGUCAUGUCACCAUUCAGCCAAUUGUCCAUCGUUUCAAUGAGAGCUACCAAGAACAUCCACUUUACCCAAACCUGCUCCUACACAAUUCCUUCUUCUCUUCUUGGAGAAUUGUUGAUCAGGGUGGAAUUGACCCAAUUCUUCGGGGGCUACUGGCCAAUCCAGCCAAGCGUCAGGAACAAGAUCGGAUGAUAGUGGAUGAACUUCGGCAACAUUUAUUUGAGUUGACAAGUCGCCUACCAUUGGACCUAGCUUCGUUAAAUUUGCAACGUUCCAGGGAUCAUGGACUCCCAGGUUACAAUGCUUGGAGGAGAUUUUGUGGUCUUUCUGAGCCCAAGAAUAUGACAGAGCUUACUGCAGUCCUCAGAAAUGCAAACUUGGCAAGCAACCUGUUCAAGCUCUACAGAACCCCUGAGAACAUUGAGCCAUGGUUAGGAGGAAUAUCUGAGCCAGCUGUGAAUGGUGGAAAGCUGGGCCCACUGUUUGCCUGCCUUGCAGGGCAACAGUUCAAAAACCUACGAGAUGGAGACAGAUUCUGGUGGGAAAAUGAACAGGUUUUUAACAACAGCCAACAGCAGGCUCUACAGCAAGUCUCACUGUCCAGAAUAAUCUGUGAUAACACCAGGAUUGAAGAACUCCCACAGGAUGCCUUUACAUUCAGACCAUACCCUGAAGGGUUUGUCAGGUGUGCACAGAUUGGACAGGUAGACCUGAGUGCCUGGAAAGAGAAUUUGGAAGUGACCCCCUGCAGCUCUGUCCCAGCAGUUGAGCAUGCCCAUUUCUCGAUCUGUCUGUCCUCAGUCAGGUAUAGCUGCGAGUCUGGAUUCAAACUGGUGGGAGAGGACACAAUAACGUGCCUGAGUAAUGGACAAUGGAACCAGGAACCACCGAGCUGUACAGGCAAUCUGUGAGAGACCUUGUCAAAGUCACUUGAGGACUCCAAAAGUGUUUCAUCAAUUGGAAUUUUAUGUCCAAAGCAGCAAUGUCUUUCAA